UUAAUAAAAUGAGGUACUAAAUUAAUUUGUUAAAACAAUUUGGUAUCUAUAGUAACGGGAAAAUCUAAAGAUUACAUCAGUAAAAUUUGAAAACGAUUCGACAAUAUAGACAGGAAUUAUGAUAGAUUUGUUACAAACAUUCAUGAUAAAUAUCUCACAAAAAUAUUCGAAUGCUGUAACACUGUUGAUAGUUUCUCAUCUUCCUUUGCACCGAAUGUAAACAUAAUUGCUAAAUGAAAAUAUUGAUACGUUCACUUGAUGUUAGGAUAUCGUCUCAGUAACAGUAACGUAAAAGUGUGCACAAUAGUAUUUAAAAUAAAUACCAAAAGAUUUAAAACAAAAAAGUGUGAAAGAGAAAUAAUAUUCCGAUUACAUGAAAACGGCAAAUCAUAUAACGAGAUUGCCGGAAUUGUGAACAGGAAUGGGUGAACACACAGGCUUAACAAACUGUGAAGCUCGGGAACUUUGCAAAAAGCCUGACCCAGCGACAAAUGGUUAUAUAAUGCAACAAACAAUGUAUCGUAUUAAAGAUCCAAGAAAAUCAUUACCUUUUUAUACCGAAGUACUCGGUAUGCAGUUAUUACAGAAACUUGACUUUCCUGAAAUGAAAUUCUCUCUGUACUUUUUGGGAUAUGAAAAUCCAAAAGACAUACCUACUGAUAAGAGAGAAAGUAUUGAAUGGACAUUUAGUCGUAAAGCUACUUUAGAACUUACUCAUAAUUGGGGUACAGAAACUGAUCCUGAUCCCAAAUACCAUAAUGGGAAUACUGAACCUAGAGGAUUUGGUCACAUUGGAAUCACAGUACCUGAUGUAGAAAAAGCAUGUAAAAGAUUUGAAAUGUUAAAUGUGGAAUUUGUAAAGAAACCUAAUGAUGGUAACAUGAAAGGAAUUGCUUUUAUCAAAGAUCCAGAUGGUUAUUGGAUUGAAAUUUUAAAUCCAGUAAAUAUUGCAAAUUUAGUACCAAAUCAAUAAAGGAUCUGGUAUAAUGUAAUUCUUUUGAAUACUCACAAAUGUAUAAAUUUCAUCAAACAAAACAAUCAGAACUAAACCAAAUCAUUUUUAUGCAUAUGUAUAUUUAAUUUUAUAUGUACAUGUACAUGUGCAUAGUAAAAUUGUAAGAUUGUAAUUAUUCAUAUUUAUGUAUAUUUUAUAGCACCUGUACAUUAUUAUAUUACAUUGUGUUAUAUGUAUAAUUUAUGUAUAAUGUAACAUCUAAUUAUUCUUUAGUAAAUAAAAUCAAAAUAUUUAUUUUUAAACAAUCAA